CGCUGUCUUGAGAGAGAGAGAGAGAAAGAGAGUGGAGACAGAGGGUGGUAGUGGGGUUUGCCGUGGGGUUUCUCCGAACUCCGCCACCGCACGCCCGCACUUGUCCUCUGCAGAGGCGAGCUCCUACCAAUCCUGGGCUCGGCGUUCCGAUUCUUCCUCUCCACUCCAGCGGGCCAGCGGCGUUUGCUUAGACAUGGACGUCGAGUUUAGGACAUACAGGAAUGUUUAAGGGAAGUGCGAUCGUCAGGGGAAGUUUCUUAUCAUUGAUGGGAAAGAGAAACUUGAAGAUUUUGAUGGACAUAUUCUGAAGCUCAACAAAGGUACAUACACUAUGGUGGAUGAUGAAGUUACGUCAGACUGCUUGAUCAAGGUGUUUCCAACAGAUAAAACUAAGCUGAGACUAUACUCGCUCCUGAAGAACAUCAGACAUCCUUGCAUCCUAUCAGUGCAAAACUUCUAUGAGGUAUCAGGUCAGCCUAGAUUUGUCUUCUCCUGGGCUGAUGGCAGCAUGAGUGCUUGGUUGAAGUCUGGUCAAGCUGCAAAAAUGGUCAAGUCUAGCAUGAGGGGCAGGCGGCCCUCUCCAAAAUUCCGUCAAAUUAUCAUUGAUAUUUGUUCGGGAUUGGAGCAUUUAUUUCAAGGGAAUGUCUACCCAAUCAAAAUUGGCGUAGAAGAUAUAAUGACAUGCAAAGUUGGUUACAAAUACUUCCCCAAACUUCUUAUCUGUGAAGAUAAAAAGCCUGGAACUUUUGAUGUUGACACACACAAGAAUAAGAUAUGGGAAGACCUCAGGAAUACUGUGAAGACAACCUUCAAAGAGUGUGCAAACAAUGAAACUAUUGAUCCUGUUUCAUUGAAGUUCUUCAACUCCAUUGGGAAACUUAAAUCUGAACAAUUGCAGAAGUACCCAGAUGACUGGAGUAUGCAGAAGGCCACGUAUCUGCUGAAGAUUAUGUCCACUGACAAGAACGUAGCAGGUCCGAAGGUUCAAAGUGCUGGUAUUUCUUGGCCCGUAACCCAUUCAGGAACUUUGCUGUCUCCAUUCCGUCAAAUGGUGGCAUAUGAUAACACACGUAGCUUCCCAUCGAGGUACAUUACUACUGAUCCAUAUGACUUCCUGAGGAUCUGCAAGGAUCUAAUUAAGCACUGGCUGAUUCUUCCUGAAAGUGUCAAGCAAGUGUGUCCUAACUGGGAGGUUGUGGUGGAAAGAAUGGAUACAUGGAAUCCACUAAUUUGGUGCAUUUUGUAUGAGAUAUUUAAAUAAGCAUCUAAGGUUUUUUUUUUCCUUCAUCAAGCCAAUUGAAGCAAUGGAAAUUGAAUUGUGGCUUGAUCUUGAUCUGUUCGAGCACUUGAAAUGUGCUUGUGUGGGUGCAGUUCUCAUGUGUCGGGUUGUGUAGGACUGAAAUUUUUAUAUGAACUUUCUGGACAGGUGCACAGUGUUGGUGUUCGUUUGCCUUAACUAAGGGAAAUGUGUUUGUUAAAUAUGUUAUCAAACAAUUUGCAGCUGGACGUUAAUGUUAUUUAUCUACUAUGGUGUACUGUUUCAAUUAGUAGCUCUUACAUUUUUGUGGAUGUAAAGAACCUCCCCUUUGAAUUUAUGGAUGGUUGCGAAAUGUUGAUGCACA